AUGACCCCCGUUCACUUUGCUUUUUCAUCAGCCUUCAUUCUAGGGCUAACAGGCCUGGCAUUCCAUCGCACCCACCUUCUCUCCGCCCUUCUAUGCUUAGAGGGAAUGAUGCUUUCUUUAUUUAUUGCCCUCUCCCUUUGAACCUUACAAUUAGAUUCCACAAACUUUUCAGCAGCCCCAAUGCUUCUCCUAGCAUUCUCAGCCUGUGAAGCAAGCGCAGGUCUUGCCCUUCUAGUAGCCACCGCCCGAACCCAUGGCACUGACCGACUACAAAGCCUUAAUUUAUUACAAUGCU